AAAAACAAAAAAUUACGCAACGCAUAAGUUUACAUGGUUUGCGUGUUAGCUAUUUCGUUGAUAGGAGAGAUCAAUUUAACUUACAGAUCAGUAAUAAAGAGAUUACGUGAAUUCCAGUCGACGACAUAUAAUCUUUUAUCAAGUCAUAGCAAUAAAUAUUUUUAAAAAUAUAAUUAAUGUAACACUUUUUGGAUGAUUUUAUCUUAAUUAGGGAUGACAGUUGACCUUCGAUAUCGAAUGAAGGAACCAUGGGCGUCUGGCUACACAGUUGGCAACUUAAUAUGGGACCCCAUCGCGUUACACAACAACAACGAUUACUUGCAAUUUCAUUCUUCGAAUAAUGAAGCGAAGACGUUGCAGCAACUGGUGCACAAACUGAGAAGCUCGAUCGAGAAAGUGGAUGGAGAGUUCAUGGGGAGGUUAGAAGGCGGAGCUGGGAGGGAAGAACACAUGAGAAAUGAGGAGAUGAGGCGGAAGAUGAUGGCGGCUGGUGCUCAAAGCGGGAGCAAAGUGAUGCACUUUGUGGUGUCCAGCGUGAUUAGGCUGGGAUUAUAUGACGUAGAUUUCGGAUGGGGAAAUCCGGUUUGGGUUAGCAUGGCUAGAUUUGCUGAUAAUAUAAACAAUCUUGUGGCUUUGAUGGAUUCGCCAACUGGAUAUGGAGUUGAAGCUUGGAUCGCCUUGCACGAGCAGGAGAUGACCUUGUUAAAGCAUGAUAAUGAGUUCCUCGACUAUGCAAAGAGUACUCCAAAUAUACACUACAAUACUUAUUUGUCUAAACUAAAUCAAUAUUCCUUCAAAUGAGCCCCUCUCAAGUAAAGGUCAUAAUCAACCUCUUUAUUUAUGUGUAUACACCAUUUCAAGGUGAAUGGAUGCAGUUAUCUUCCCCUCUACUAAGUGUAUCAAAAAUAUUUGAAAUGGGAACUCAAUGGGAAGGCAUUGGUUACUAUAUUUUUUUGAUGAAAUGUUGACAUGAGAAAUGAAUUGACCAGGAAUUAGUUAGACAACAUUGAUUUCGAUUCGAUUGUCAUGGAUGAGGGAAAUAGGAAUUGUUUGAUUUUGUGAUUAUAUUAACUCACCUAGACGUAUAUGAGUUCCUGCAUUUACCUCCAACCAUUGGGAUUGGGUAUAUUUAGCUCGCUUCUAGAAUUGAUAAUUGUGGUUGCAUGAAAAACCACUGGUGAUGAUGAUGAUUUUCUUGAGCGGGUAUUUGUAUAGUGACCUUGGCGCCCAUUGAUAAUAAACUGGCAUUUUUCGU